CACAGGUGAGAAUUCGAUUGGCAGGGGACGGGGGAGAUUGGGCCACAAUUUUGUUUGAACUUUGAAUAAUGGAUGAAAAGAGGAUACAGCUUGCGAGUUAAAUGGAAAAUUCUCCAGCCCAAAGCCCAAACUCACUCUUCAUGGGGAGUAUAACGGUCUCUUCCACGGUUCAAUUACCAUUGCAGAAAUUUGAAUUUGCCUAGAACACAGAACCCAUCAUAAAGCAAACCAGAGUAAAAAUUGAGUGAUGAAAGAUAUGGAAAAGGCUGUGGAGAUAAAGGAUUCGACGUCUUCUUCCUCCUCUGUCGAGGAUCAAGAAACUCCUCUUCGACCCAUAUUUUGCCUUAAAAAGAAGGUAGACUUGAAGAUAUUUGAGGAGAUUUAUGAUUGCUUUAUUCUUGAUUUUGAUCCUGUAGAACCUAUUCGCUGUAUCUCCAGUCUUUCUGUUUCCUCCAAUGAUGACCUCUCUGUCAUUGCUGAAAAAGGACAGGUUGCUUGCAGAGAUUACCCACAUGCAAGACAUCUGUGUCUCAAAUACCCAUUUGACAGUACACCACAUGAGAAAUUCUGCCAUAUGUGCUACUGCUACGUUUGCGACUUGGUUGCUCCUUGCAAGUACUGGAAUGAUCCUACAUCAGCGCAUUGCCAUGCCUCAGAACACACUGAUGCUUGGAAGUUAAAAAGAAAUUUGAGGAAAAAUCAGCCUCCUCUUUACAGUUGAACAAUUUCUUACUUUCAUUGCCCUCCGGGUUUUGCUGAUUUCUAGUUCCUUGCAUUUUGCACCCACCCGUAUCUGAAACACACAUCUCCUGCUGUUUAAUAGUUUGCUAUCAGUUGGUCAAAUUCAUACUCUGAAUUUGAGAUUUUGGUACCAAAGAUAGGUUUCAAUAUGUUGAACAUCACCGGUUUAGGGAGGAUUAUUUGCUACUAUGUUCUAUGUAUACCUUUUCGGGUGAAUGAAUAUUUAUGAUUUGCUUCAGUAUGUUGAUUGACCAAUGAGAAAACAACCACAAAUACUUCAAAGCUA